AUUCCAUGUGGCCCAAACACCACAAUCUAUGAUUUGUUUUCGUUAAGUUGGAGCGUAUUGUUGGCCCUGCGACAUUUGAUGUCGGCUAGGUUCAGUAGUCUGGACAUUCUGGAGAGGUCGGCAUAAGUGUGAUAGCAGAUGUUGUGUUUUUUAAAGAUUUGGCUGAGUGGGAGCAUAUGAAGGGAGAAAAGAAUGGGACCCAGGAUGGAACCUUGAGGCACCCCACAGAAUAACCUGACUGACCCAGGUUGACCCUGACCUUCCUUUCACAGAGGAAGAAGGGGAUCCAGUCCCGAGCACGACCUUCGACACCAACCACUUUCUGGAGACGUUCUGUUAGGAUCUGAUGGUCCAAGGUGUCGAAGGUCGCACCAAGGUCAAGAAGGAUUAGGAGUGGACAAUCACCAGCAUCGGCAGAGAGGAGCGGCUCGUCGUAGACUCUGAGGAGCUGUGACACCAGACUCACAUCAGAUCAAGUAUUGUGAAACACGUAGGUGAUGAGGACAGGAAGUCGGUGAUGAGGACAGGAAGUCGGUGAUGAGGACAGGAAGUCGGUGAUGAGGACAGGAAGUUGGUGAUGACGACAGGAAGUCAGUCGGUGAUGACCAAAGGGAGUUGGUGAUGACGACAGGAAGUCAGUCGGUGAUGACCAAAGGGAGUUGGUGAUGACGACAGGAAGUCGGUGAUGACCACAGGAAGUUGGUGAUGAUGACAGGAAGUCGGUGAUGACCACAGGAAGUCGUUGAUGACCACAGGAAGUUGGUGAUGAUGACAGGAAGUCGGUGAUGACCACAGGAAGUUGGUGAUGAUGACAGGAAGUCGGUGAUGACCACAGGAAGUCGGUGAUGAUGACAGGAAGUCGAUGAUGAUCACAGGAAGUCGGUGAUGACCACAGGAAGUCGGUGAUGACCACAGGAAGGGGCGCUGCAGAGCGUGAAGAUGGCUUCAUACGACCAGCUGGCCCACCAGGUGGAGGCGCUCCGCAAGGAGAACUCCCACCUGAGGAGGGAGCUGGAGGACAACUCCCACCAUCUGUCGCAACUGGAGACGGAGACGAUCGGCAUGAAGGAAGUGCUGAAGCAACUGCAAAGUAAACUGGAGCAGGAGGCGGGAACGCUGGCGUCGUCGGGGCGGAGUGACGUUCUGCAUCAACUCAAAGAGCUGCACAUGGAUCUGACCAACUACUACGAGCUCAAACACCAACCUCACAACCUGCGGCUGCUGGCGCCCGGUGUGGGAGGGGCGGGGUCAGCUGUCGGCGGGGGGGCGGGGCUAGACGACCACCUGGCUCUGCCCCCUUCCUCCUGCUCCUCCUUGUCCUCUGCGGCGAGCAGGGCCAGGAGUCCGCUCAGAGCGUCGUCCCGUCAGAGCGCAGCGUCCGGCGGGGAGGCCGCCGCCAUCAUGCUGCCGCAUCACUUCCUGGACGGGGCCCCGCCCAGAACAGCUGUGAUCACUGGGGCGGACGGACGAAUGAGCGACCAUCACCUGGAGGAGCUGUACAAGGAGAGGAACCUGCUGCUCGGGGAGAUCGACCGCGAGGAGAGAGAGCGCUGCUGGUACUUCAGCCAGCUGGAGGCGCUGUCGCAGAGAUUGUCGCAGCUGCCUCGCAUCGACACAUUCUCUCUGCAGAUGGACCUGAUCCGGCAGCAGCUGGAGUUCGAGGCUCAGCAGGUCCGGUCGGUGAUGGAGGAUCGGUUCGGCACCAACGACGAGAUGGUUCAGAGGACGCAGAUGCGUGUUGUCCGUCUGGAGCAGCUGGAGAAGGAGCUGAAUGAGGCCCGAGGGAGUCAGGAGAGUCAGCUACAGCUGUGUGGAGCCGAGAAGCCUCCUGCUGGAGAACCGGAGAACAACAUGUCGUCAGCUGCAGCAGGAACAGACGCUCCUGCAGACGGAGGCAGCAAGGUGGAGAUGGUGUUCUGGCUGCUCUCCAUGCUCGCCAACAGAGACAAGGAGGAGAUGUCCCGGACUCUUCUGGCCCUGUCCAGCUCUCAGGACAGUUGCAUCGCCAUGAGGAAGUCCGGCUGCGUCCCCCUGCUGGUCCAGAUCCUGCACGAAGAUCCGGAUGGUGGAGGUGGUUCUGGAGAGACGACGACGCCGGCGGGCUGCAGCCGAGAGGCCAAAUCCAGAGCCAGCGCCGCCCUCCACAACAUCAUCUUCUCCCAGCAGGACGAGGGCCAGGCCCGCCGCGAGAUGAGGGUCCUGCACAUGCUGGAGCAGGUCCGGACCUACUGCGACAGCGGCUGGGACUGGAUCGAGAGCCACGCUGGGCCGCCUUCACCUGGAGGAACCAAAACCAGCGAUAUUCCUGAACCUGUGGACCCUCAGAUCUGUCAGGCCAUGUGCGCUAUCAUGAAGCUUUCCUUCGAGGAGGAGUACCGCCGCGCCAUGAAUGAAUUAGGUGGUCUGCAGGUGGUGGCGGAUCUGAUUCACCUGGACCAGGACAUGUACGGCAUGCAGAACGAUCCCAUCAACAUGGCGCUGCGACGAUACGCAGGGAUGGCUGUGACCAACCUCACAUUUGGCGACGUCGUCAACAAGGCGACCCUGUGCUCCAAGAAGAGCUGCCUCCAGGCUCUGGUGGCCCAGCUGGCCUCGGACAGCGAGGAGCUCCAUCAGGUGGUCUCCAGCAUCCUGAGGAAUCUGUCCUGGAGGGCCGACAUCAGCAGCAAGAGAGUCCUCCGUGACAUCGGCUGUGUGUCCGCGCUGAUGACCUGCGCCCUGCAGGCCACGAAGGAGUCGACCCUGAAGAGUCUCCUGAGCGCUCUGUGGAACCUGUCGGCUCACAGCAUUGACAACAAGGUGGCGAUCUGCGCGGUGGACGGCGCUCUGGGCUUCUUGGUCAGUACGCUGACGUACCGGUGUCAGACCAACUCACUCGCCAUCAUCGAGAGCGGAGGCGGGAUCCUACGGAACGUGUCCAGUCUGGUCGCCACACGAGAAGACUACAGGCAAAUCCUCAGGGACCAUAACUGCCUCCAGACUCUGCUGCAGCACCUGCGCUCACACAGCCUGACCAUAGUGAGCAACGCCUGCGGGACUCUGUGGAACCUUUCAGCCCGAAGUCCAAAAGACCAGGAGCUGCUGUGGGACCUCGGAGCAGUUAGCAUGCUACGCAACCUAAUCCAUUCUAAGCACAAGAUGAUAGCCAUGGGCAGUGCUGCAGCUUUAAGGAACCUGCUCACAAACCGACCCCUGAAAUAUAAGGAUGCUGCAGUCGUAUCCCCUGGCUCCUGCAUGCCCUCACUCUACAUGAGGAAACAAAAGGCUUUGGAGGCAGAGCUGGAUGCCAAACACCUGGCGGAGACCUUUGACACCCUUGAGAAACAGAGCCCCAAGCACCUAACCCUAAACAAGCCGCUGCGGCACAUUGAGAGUCUGGCGAAGGACUAUGCGUCUGAUUCUGGUUGUUUUGAUGAUGAUGAGGCCCCCAACAUCUCCAGCAGCCUGGACACCGGCAGCUUCUCUAUGCUGUCCAUGUUCCUCACCAACUCUAACUUCCUGCAAAACCAGCCUCGUAAGAGGGACAGUGAACCUGAGAGAGACAUAGAACCACAUCAGAUGAUUGAGAAGAGACAUGCGCCUGCUGACGAUGUGGUCUCUGCUGCCGCAGAGAAACUAGCAAAAAAGAUCACCAACACGGUCGCCAAGAUCGACAGGUUAGUGGAGGACAUCACCAUGCAAACAUCUUCGGAGGACAGUUUGAGCCUCAGCUCUGAGGACCACCUGGCAGACUGGCCUUAUGGAAGAGAUGAACUCAUUGAGGCCCAGGCAAAAUCCUGCUCCCCCUGCCGUCUCUCUGAAACAAGCAGCCUGGCCCACCGAGAACGUCUCAGUAGAGCCCACGCCCUGUUGCGCCUGAAAACUGCCCACACAAGUGUCUCCACAGACAGUCUAAACAGUGGCAGCACGAGUGAUGGCUACUGUGGGAGCAAAGACCAGAUGCGACCAGCUCCAAGAGCCCUAAUGCUACAACAGCAAAGACCCAACCAGCUGGAUCUCAAGGUGGCUCAUCAAGAGUACCUCAAUGUAGGGGCUGUUGUCCUGAGAGAGACUCACCAGCAAGAAAUUCCAGAGCGGGAUUCUGUGGACAACAGAGACGUGAACGCUCUAGAGCUCAGUAACACAGAUCCAGAAAAGAACCAGGAUCAACCCGUACAAACACCUGUCAGUGCAUCGACUAAAGUCUCCUCUGAUGUCAGCAUGACUUCAAUUAAACUGUCUCCAUCUUAUCAGCAGGUCCCGCUUAUUCAAAGUGUGGCUAAAUUCGGUGUAGCAAAGACAGCGAUCAAUGUCCAGGCUGCCCAAGCGAUGAGGAGGCAGGCAUGGGUGCCAACUGUGAUGACCGGUGGGAGCAUUACAAAAUUUUCACCAAUGGCAUCGACCAGAAGCCCAACCAUUGGUACGAUGGAGACAGUCCAGAAAUACUCUGUGGAGAACACUCCGAUCUGCUUCUCCCGCUGCAGCUCACUGUCUUCCCUCUCUUCUGGCGAUGGAGCCCUGGACGGACAAAGUGAAAAUGAGCUGGAGAGUGACUCGUCAUUAGAAAUAAUUGAAGUAGAGGAUGGAGAAGUGGUGAAGAGAGCUGAAGAGGAUGAAACCUUGGAGGAUCUGAGCGACAGCCAGCUGCUGAUGACUGACUCUAAAACCUUUCAGAGCAAAGAGACAGAUCCCAUUGAAAUCCCCCGUCCUGCCAAAAGGGAAAAAGUGUUCCUCAGAGGAGCUUCACCAGCCAUACUUGAAGACAGAUCUCCAUCUAGUUCGUCUGAGAAUUACAUCCAAGACACACCGCUGAUAAUGAGUCGCUGUAGCUCAGUCAGUUCCCUGGGCAGUUUUGAGUCUCCCUCCAUUGCCAGCUCAAUCCAAAGUGAUCCAUGCAGUGAGAUGAUUGAUGGAACAAUAAGUCCCAGUGAUCUUCCCGACAGCCCAGGGCAAACAAUGCCUCCGAGCAGAAGUAAAACUCCAUGUUGUGUUGAGCCAAAUGGACCAGACACCCAGGCCAUGGGAAUAGCAGGCCAGUGGGAAAGUAGCCUGCGAAAGUUCAUGGAGAUCACAGACUCCAAGGAGAGGUUUAACCUUCCUCCUGACCUGGACACUAUGAUCUACUUUACGGUGGAAAAGCCCACUGAGAACUUCUCUUGUGCUUCAAGCUUAAGUGCUCUGCCUCUCCACGAACACUACAUACAGAAAGAUGUGGAGCUGAAAUUGACCCCACUGCUCCAGCAAAAUGACAAAAAUCUUCCCUUCCCUGAUGCGGGUGAGCCAGGACUCGAGCAUGGGGAAAGAUACAGUGAGGGCAACUCAGAUGAUGACAUAGAAAUCUUAAAAGAAUGCAUCAACUCAGCAAUGCCCUCCAAGUUCAGAAAAAUGAGACCUUCCCUGAUGACCACGAUCCCGCCUCACAUUCUCAAUUCCCGAAAGCACAUUCAUCUUCCUGUGUACAUGAUGCUCCCGAAUGGAAAAACACAAAUGUGUCCUGGAAGGAGAAUUGUCAUUCCACAAAAAGACUUCAAAUUUGACGAUUCAUCCUUCACUGAUUCUGCAGAAGGGACACCUGUUAACUACUCCAGCACAACAUCGCUAAGUGACGAAACACUUCAUUAUCCAUUGAAAGACAGGGGGGCCAAAGACUGCACAGCUAAAGGUAUGAACAAACAAGAGCUGCUUGAUGAUGAGGCAAAGAGGAUCGAGGACUUGAGGAUAUUCUCACACUUCCACAAACCCAACAGGAUGAAUUACCCACCUGAGAUACAAGUCAACCAAACAACCAAACAUGUUGUUCCCACUCAGAGGGUGCUGAUGCAGAGCAAAGAGGUGGCUGAUAGGGUGGCAAGUCAAAGGAAUCGUGAUCAGUCUCCUAACCAACAAAAGAAGAGGCAAGGUCAAGGCAUUGUCAGAAAACUGGAACUGCCUGUCAUUAAGCAAAACCCAGGAGGUAACCUUAAUGUUGGAUCACAAAAUAGAAAUACAAUCUUUCGACAAAUGACACAUUCUUCAGAGGACAGUAAUAGCUUCUAUGAUGACAACAAUGAAAUUGAUGGAGCAAUGAAGAGAACAAGUAGACGACAGAUCAGGGAAGCAAGUAGAAAUACUCUCUCCCGGAGCAUGACCAAUAUUGGCAGGAUUGAUAAUUACCAAGCAAAGCCCAGAGGGUUUAACCGGAUCAAACAGAAUCUGAUGAAGGAUGACUCUCUGGCAUGUUAUUCACUCAGCUCCUCUCUCAGUUCACUGAGUGAUGCCGAGUUUGAGGAUCAUAAAUCAAAAGCCCAGCAAAUAUGGUACAAAAACAGACACAACAAAACACUGAACACGGCGCAACAAACAAAGCCUAUGACAAUUCACAGCCAGUACGAAGGACAAAGCUCACCGAGCUCUGUCAGCAUGGAUUCAGAGGAUGAUCUCCUUCAGAAAUGUAUAACAUCUGCCAUGCCCAAGCAGAGGAGGAAGCUUGCUGCUAGGAGGAAGAAAGCAGAAAACGCUCAAAAACAAAAACAAAAGGUAUCUGAUUGUUGGGACUUGGAUGAGGAAAUGGAUAGUGAUGAUACAGCAUGGGAUAGAGAUUCAGACCUCAAUAGUGUUGAAUGGAGAGCCAUACAGGAGGGUGCUGAUUGUGUUGUCACAGGGCUGCAGGCAUCCAAGUCUCAAGAACCAUCCUCUGAAGAGACUGAAUCAGUCCUGUCGUUUAUGUCAACUUCCAGCUUUACGCCCAAAGAAAGGAAGUUUGCUAAAGACAAAAAGGCAAAUAAACCUUUAGACUUCGCACAGCGCAAGCCAGUUGCAAACUUACCAGUGGUUUUCAGAGGAAGGACAGUGAUCUAUACACCGAAAAAAGAGACAGCGCCAUCACAAAUACCUCCUCCCAGAAAAGUACCAACCAAGACAGAUGCUCCAAAGAACCCAAAUCUUGCUCAGCACAGAUCCAAGAGCCUUCACAGAUUGGGCCGCCCCCAGGACACAGAACUGUCUUUGCCAAAGAGGAGCUCUACUCCACCUCCAAGGAUACCAAAAAGUUCAUCCUCUGGAUCGUCACAAAGCUCUAGCUCUACACCAUCCAAACAAAGUCAGAAGAAGAUAAAAUCACCAACUCAGACAAAUAAAUCCAUCCAGAAAAAGAAUGCCACACCUGCUAGCAGUCCACCAGCUAGCAGUCCACCUGAAAGGAGGGGACGAUCUCCUAUUGUGAAUCAAAAUGAAAAAUCCCCACCACCUAAAACUCAGAAGUCACCUGUCCGAAUCCCUUUCAUGCAAAAUUCCGGCAGGCAAGCCAGACCUCUUUCACCGCUGGUUACUAACCAUACAUCCAACAGACAAACCAAUCAUGGGAGAAGUAUAUUACCCCCAAGUCGCUUUGACCUUGUCAGGAUGGCUUCUCUCCACUCGAGUGGUGGUGAGACUGAUCGCAGUGGAUUCUUGAGACAGCUGACUUUCAUUAAAGAAUCAAAGACUGUGCUGAGAUGUGAUGGAUCUGUCCGCAACAUGCCUGGAUCUCAAAAUGGAUCUCCACGCAGAGCAGUUCCUGGUGCUGCAGCUGUCUUCCUUUGUUCAUCACGCUGUCAGGAACUUAAGGCAGCUGUGCAAGCCCCGAGGAGGGCGCAAGUAAAAGGUCCACGACAAGCCCAGGAAGUGCAGAGGCCAAACUCUGGUCUUCAGAAGCAAACUGCUGCCCUUUCUAGGGCCACCUCCAGUGAACGGGAUCUAUCUGGCAGACGCCCAGCCAGGAGAACUAGUUCUGAAAGCCCCUGCAGGGCGGCUCAGCGGAAUGGGCCUGGCAGAGUGUCCGGAGCCAGGCAGCAGCAAGACAAAGAUACCUUCAAACGUCACGCCUCAUCACCGAGCAUUAACAUACUGAGCCGCGUGACCAGCCGCUCUUCCCUUCGCUCUUCAUCAUCUGAUUCAAGUGGAAGAGCAAAGAGCGAGGACGAUACAAAGAAGAAAGGUCAGAGAUCCGGAUCUCGGCUGAACGACAGAGUUACCUGGAGGAGAAUCAGGGAUGAAGAUGUACCUCAGAUCUUGAAAAGCACUCUGCCAGCUAAUGCAUUACCUCUGGUUUCUUCUCCUGAUGGGGACAAGGCAAAGCCACCAGCUCUUCCGGGAAAACUGCCAACUAUUCUACUUGCAUCUCGCAAGACAAGUGACGCAACAGUCCAGACAGAAGACUUUACAAAUAACAAGACCAACUCGAGCACCUCUCCUACAGCUGAAACAGCGCAAUUGAUUUCUGAGGAAGUGGCACGACGAGCCCUUUUCAGGAAGGUCAGUGCCACCUCAGGAAGUAACCUACAGGAUGGGGAUUCAGACGGUUCUCUGAGGAGCCACAGCACCGUAUCUACGGGAACAUCAGACUGCCACGUGGGCGGAGCCGUCCAUUUCCGCCAAGGCUCCCUCAGCAACGCGGUCCGAGUCACCCCGUUCAACUACACCCCCAGCCCGGUGGCCGGCUGCCUGCAAGACCCACAGAGCCAAGCUGCCACGAUCAGUGAGAAGUCAGGGGGGAAAAGACAGUCGUAGGACGCAAGGUGGAAUUCUGAACGGCUUUACUGUGUUCAAACACUCAGGUGGACAGGCGAGGAGUGUGCUGGUCCCUAUACCUCGGAUAAUGACCCUUUACUUUCCCCAUCCGCUGCAUUCAAGUUCUUCUCCCUGAGCAGGUGAUCACAGCUUCCAAUCAUACAGGCUUGGAUGUAUGCAUUGAAAAAAAGUUCUCACGUGAACGGACCAAUAAUAACUUUCAGAGAUGCACUUCAGAGAAACGUCUCCCCUGAAGAGGAAGUGCAUCUUUUUGUACUUUUUUUUUGUAUUUGUAGAAUAAUCAUUGCCUGGUAGAAAUGUAGUGAAACUAUGAAGCAAAAAGACAAUGAACUUGAUGAUCAGCACAUGAAUCACCAUCGGUCUCCUGGACAGAAUCGAUAAGAGGAACAAUUUUAUGCAAACGUGAGGAUGAAAACUCAGCUGGACUUUCACCCGACUGUUGACGGACUCUCACAGGACACAAAGACGCCGACGUGUGAAGUAUUUUUUAACAUACAGUACAUCAAUGUCACCAUACAAUUCGCUGCUAGACUUUCCUGUUACACAAGGAGCCCGGCAGGGUAAAACAUUCCUUUGAAUUAUUAUCAUUAUUACUUUCAUUUAUUUUUCCUUGUCGUAAAAAAUUUAAAACAGUUUUAACUGGAUCUUGAGCGGAGGUACGUGGAUACACUCUGAGUUUCAGACAUUAAACACUUAGUGUGAGUUUUCUCCGGGACAAAACUUAAACGACAGAAGUUUCUUCAAGGUUCUGAAGUCCUGUGAAAGCUUCAGGUUGACGAACAAGCGAGAAGGGAAAAGGGACAAUAAUAUUAUUUAAGAGAAAUAUUUAGUAUAACUCUAAUUAUACUUUGAUGAAACUGGUUAAAUGCAAACUACUACCUGACGUUCUUAUUUGACUAAUCCAACAAAUUCAAUCUGCGAAGAGAUGUGGACGACACGUCCGACCUCCGCCAACACAACGCUCCCUCAGUUCAACAGAUACCUUCAUUACAUUGAUACGUCGCGCACAGUAACUCGCAAAACUGACUAACUCAUACAAGCAGAAAUAUUAUUGACUGCGAUAUAUGACCUCUCAUAUUGUCCAACCCUACAUAGAGGGAUGUUAUUCAUAUACACACACUAAUAUUAUUCAUGAGGGGGCGGGAUCACCUGCUGGACUGUUUCAUCUCUGCUUCAGAAAAUACUAUCGAUAAUUUACUGUCCAGCUAGCAGCUGAUUCUGGGUCAGUUCCUUCUCUCCUGUUCAGUGUCUUAGUCCGUGUUGUAAAUACCAUUCAGAUAUAAAAACCCUGAAGUUUCCUGGUGUUGCUCCCGACAGCAUGCUAAUAUAUCCACUGUACCACACAGACGACAACACGCUGUUGUUGUUCAGCAGUAAAACAAGUGCAACGAGAGAAAAUACUAUCAAUCUGUAUUAUUGUGCUGCAAAGACCUAUAACAAUAUAAACUGUCGGAUGGACACAUGGACAUGACCCGCUGGGUGAGGAGAUGAUGUGAUUGGACGAUGGUCGGGUAGGUGUGUGUCCUCAGGACGUCUUUAUAAAUGUGUUACUAUCUGCUUAACUGUGUUGCUGUUCAAGUAGCGAUAGGAAGAGGAAGUGGAACAUUAAGACGAUGAAUAUUCUCUGUACUCGUAGCUCGUCAUCAGGGACCAGACUGUUCUGGUGUUCACCACCUCCCCCUGCUGGUGACUGUCAAUCAUCUUCUGAGUGUCGGUCGUCACUUAUGGGCUCAACGGUGUCAAAGUGUGAGUUUGUGAAAUGAUGAAUCUCAAAGUCUGUUUGUUGUUUUUCACGUGAACCAAUAAGAGACUAAGGUCUGUAAAAAAAAAAUUGUAAAUUUAAAAAGAACAUACGAGAAUGAAAACAGUGAAGUAAGACAUGACGUCAUAGAUGCUGCGUUACUACAAUGCACCCAAACCAUAACAAGAGACCCCCUGGUGGCCAGAGCUGAAAAUGCAUGUGGAUAUUAUCUAUAUUAUUCAUAAUUCCACCAGUGUUUCUCAUUAAUGACUCAGACUGUGGCGGCCGCCACCGUUGUCUAAUUUUUCCCGCCAGUUUCAUAAUGAACUAAAAUCUUUUCACCCUGAUAACAACAUUUACAGUCUGACGUCACUGUAGAACUGUAUGCGGCUCUUUACCUCACCUUCGCUCGCUCGCUCCCUUCUCCGCUCUACAUCGGCGUCACGUCGGUGUCGUCAAAACUUCCAUAAAGUUUUUAUGACGUCAUCAUCUUCAGCUAUUGGUGUUAACGUUCGCCAGCCCCAAUGAUUAGUCUCAUCAUCAAUUCGCCAAUCGAAAGAAAAUUAAUCCGUGCCCUUUUUUUUUUUAAUCAAAUGAUUAUUUGUCUUUUUAAAAAAGUGGAAAUGUCAAACACCUGUUACUUCUCAAAUGUGAAGAUUUUAUGUUUUUCACGCGUGGCGUUUUCUAGACAUAAACCCAUUAAUUGUAAAAGUUAGUUGCAGGUUUAAUAACAAAUCAUCAGAUCAGAACUGUGAGGAGCAGACGGCUCGUUGAUCUGAGGACUUGGUUUGUGUUUGACGACGUCGCCCUGGUGACAGAUGCCGAUCAGCUGAUCAGUGACGAUUUGGCUUGGUUCAGUUGCUGGCUGGUGGGUGAAGCAGCUCUUCAACAGGUUACAGAAAAAUAAAAAAAAUGAUUUUCAUUAAGUACAUUUUUUUCACACAAGGUUUAUUAAGUGAUGAGAAACUUUCUGGACGUCAUUUCACAAACUCAUAGUUUUUGUUCCUUGUUGAAGCUCGUGACGUUCAACACUCGACUGACGGAUCGUGGAGGAGAAUCACUUCAACAGCCCUGUAAGAUUAGAACGAUGAAAACUGAGUGAGGAAGUGAAGAACCGUCACAAGGUCCCAACAUUUGUCCUCCGCCGUUAGUCGCCUCGUUCACACCCAAGUCCAAACUCCUGCAGGAGAUUCAUUGAUUUACUCACAAACUGGAUGUCGUGUUGUAGAGUCGACCUCUGACAGUGGAACAGUCACGUGUGAAACACGAACAGACGUGUAGAUGUUCGUGUGUGACCGAGGUCACGGAGGCGUGACGGCGUCAUGUGAGGCAAAGCAACAGAGUCAUUAUUAAUGUUUUCAUCCAAUAAAGUGUGAUGUGUUUCAUUAAAA